AUGAUCCAAAAUUUCUAUUAUAAUCAAGCCUAAGUUUAAAAUGAAUAAGAGUACGUAAUGCAAACUUAGGGGUAAUCCAAUUAAAUUGACAGAAUGAAUCUUUUAAGGGUAAUUAAAUCAACUUUAGAUGAUAACCCUCACACAAAUGUUGCAAGAAUCAUCUCUUUUUCAUAAAAUGCUAAUAAUAUGAUAACAUCAUAAAAUGAAACUUGUGAUUAUUCUUUGGAAGAAUAUUUCAAGGUAAGAUAAAGCUAUUGGUUUUCUAAAGAAGAAAUUUAUAAUAUGAUUGGAUAAAUUGUGUAAGGAUAUCUGCAUUUGAAGAAUUUGAGAAUAGUUCACAGAGAUUUGAACCCAAGAACUAUAUUGGUCAAGCGUGUUUUAGAAACAAACAAUGUUAUAAUUAAAGUAUAUUUAAAUUAUCACAAUAGAUUUCUGAUUUUGAAGUAGCUUCCUACAAUUAACCUAAAAUGAAUGAGCAGAUUGGCACUCCUUUUUACUAGGCUCCUGAAAUUAGUCAAAAUGUGGAUUAUGAUGAUCAAUGUGAUGUUUAUUCUGUAAUUAUUUUUUUAAUAGAUUUAGUUAGGAUUAAUACUAUAUUAAAUGUGCUUUAAGAAUUAAUACCACAUUAACCCCAUUACAUAGAAUGAACUUUAUAAAUUUAAUUAACAACUCUAAUAUAACAAAUUCAGAGUCCCAGAUCAAUCAAUAGAUUAAGCCUUCAAACAAUUAUUAGAGAAAAUGAUAGUGUAUGAUCCAAAGGAUAGGAUUAGAUGGUUUGAUUUGGCUAACAUGCAAGUAUUAUAACCCAACUUCUUGGCUUUCUAAAGCUAAAAUAACACUAGAUAAUAUUACAUAGAUUUCUAAAAAUGUUUAGGCAGAGGAAAUCAAGGAUGCACUUAUUUAACUUAUGAUUUGCUAAAUAAGAAUACAGAAUAUUGCACUAAAUAAAUAGAUUCCAAUAACAUUGAAGGACAAAGAGAAUUAGAAGCUUAUAAAAUAAUCAAGGAAAAUCCAUAUUGUGAAAAUAUUAUAAAGAUUGAAGACAUUAAAGAGGAUCGACCAUUCACAUAUUUAAUCAUGGAGAAAUGUGAUAAAAACAUUGAGGAAUAUUUCAGAGAGAAAUCCUUUAAAUUAUCACAAUAGGAAGUCUUCGAUAUUUUAUAGUAGAUUGUCACUGGCUACCUUCAUAUACUUAAAUUCAAUAUUAUUCAUAGAGAUCUAAAACCUCAAAAUAUUUUACUAAAAUAUAAUAAACAAACCAAUAAGCCUACUCUCAAAGUAUACAUCUUCUAUCAAUUAGAUUAUUGACUUUGGAGUUGGUAAGGUCCUCUAGCAACCCAAAGAGAUGACCACCACUUUUGCAGGAACGCCAAUUUACACUGCCCCAGAAAUCAUCUUCUCUCAAAACUAUAAUAAUAAAUGUGAUAUGUUCUCAGUAUUCUUCUUAUUUAUCGCUAGUUGGGAGUAAUGUUACAUUAACUUGUUUAUGAAGGGGACAACUAUUUUCACUCUUAGCCAAACAGUAUAGAAGAUUUAUAGCGAAUUUUAAAGAAUAUGAAAACAACCCCAAUAUAAUGCAAAAAACCAUACAAACAAGUAAUUACAUGAUUUAAAUUAGUUUUCCAAUAAUUUCUUAUAAUUAAUAGAUAAGAUGUUAAAGUUUGAUUAAGAUGAAAGAAUCGAUUGGGUAACAUUAAAUUAAUCUUUAAAAGACAUAAUGUAACCUAAAAUUAAAAUUGUCUCCAUAAUUAAUUCUAAUUAAGAUUAAGAAUCCCAAAAUCUAUAAUAAUAAUAACCAUAGUAAUAAUAGUAGUAAUAACAAGUUUAAUAUCAAUAAUAAUAAUAUUAAUAGCAACAAUAACAAUACUAGCAAUUGUAAUAGUAAUAUCCGGAAUAAUUACAAUUUUAGUAGCAACAAUAGCAAUUUUAACAGAUACAGAUGCCUUCCUAAUAAGCAUCAUAAUAAAACCAAUAUUAAUAGCCUCAACAAUAGUAAAGCUUCUAACCUUAAUAGUAAUAAUAAGAAUAUCUAACUUAAUAGCUAUAGCAAAUUUAAAAACCUUUAUAGCAAUUAUAGAAUUUUUAAUAAUAAUAAUAAUCAUAAUAAUAGUAGUAAUAAUAAUUUUAAUAGAAGUAGUAAUAAUAAUUUUAAUAGCAGUAAUAAUAAUAAUCAUUUUAAUAAUAGCAAAUAGGACAACCUCCAUAGAACUUUUUAUAAACCAAUAAUUAAUAAUAAAUACAAUAAACAACUCCAAAAAUAAAUAAUAUUCCAUAAAUAAAUAAUAUUCCAUAAAUAAAUAAUAUCCCAUAAAUAAAUAAUAUCCCAUAAAUAAAUAAUAUCCCAUAAAGUUAAUAAUAGGUUCUUAAUUAACCACCAACGGUUAAUAAAUUUUCAACAGAUAUCACAGCAUUGAAACCAUCAUUGAGAACAACUACACUUCCAACAUCCUCCUAACAACCCUAAUAAAAUCAGCCCAACUUUUAAAAAAAUCCUUAAAUCACUUUUAAUCCUAUUAGUUAAUAAGAAAAGGCUAAAUCCCUUCUAGAGCCUACUACUAAUCCCAAUAAACCUAUUCCUUUUGAAUUGAAAAGUUAAGGUUCAAAUACGAGUGCAAGACUUAAUACACAAUAAUUAUACGCGCAAGCACAACGUCAAACUCAUAACGAAUUUUAGAAACCAUAACCUUUUUAGCAAUAAUUAAAUAAUAAUCAGAUUAUGUCAAAUUAGAAGACUUUUUCUAUCCCUGUUCCUUAAUAGCCUUUUAUUUAAUCUCCUAGUGCAAAUAAUUAAGUUCCUUUAACUAGAGCUACAAUUUCACAUUCCUUACCUAAUACUAUGUAGGAUUUUAACAAAGUUACUCCAUAAUCACCGUCAAAUAAUUUUUUUUAAAAACAAUCCCAACCUAAAGAAAUGUAACAUUAUUGUGACUUCUUUAAAAAUGCUGCUUUUUGUUUCAAAUCUAAACUUCCUUAUUUAAGUUUUUAACCUGCUUAUUUAGGAUUUUAUUUAUGCGUAUCAUAUUAUUACAAAGAGAUUAAGAAGUAUUUAAAGACUGAAAAAUUUAAUGAAGAUAGAGAAGAAAAUUAAAUAAAUCAAGAUAUUGAAAAUGUUAAAGGGAUGAUUUAAAAAGUGGAUAGAAAGAAUGCAAGAUUGGAAGAUUUGAAAAAAUUAGUCUAACAAUUAAACAAACCUCUUAGCCUUACUGAAAUUCAGAUUGCUUUUCAAGAAUUUUAUUAAAAAAACAAAGAUAUAUUAUUUGAUGAAGAUAAUAAAGAAACAAAUGAAUUGAAUAAAAUAAUUUAGGAUACACAACUAUAAUCUAAUGCACUUUGUUCAAAUAAAUAAUUAAUGGAUAAAUAAAAAUAGAAUUUUUAAUUCAAUAAACCACUUCUGUCUAAUAACUGA